AUGGUGCCAGUUAUAGUGAAGAAUGGGUAUGAUUUAUGGUACGGAAAAAGUGAUCAUAACAGGUUACUGGUGAAAUGUUGCAAAGGUAAGAAGAAUAAGAAGAAUAAAGGUUGUCCCUUUAGGUUGCGGGCAACCUGGAUGACCAAUGAAAGGUCAUUCCAGAUUAAAUCUUUAAUUGAUAACCAUAAUUGCUCAAGAGUCUUCAAAUUUGGGUCCAUUGUUAGCUAUAAAUGGAUAGGGAAUCAUUUCAUGAAUGAGAUACUCCAGAAACCAAAGAUGAGUGUGAGGAAAUUAAAGGCUAAAGUUAGAAAGAGAUUUAAUUUGAUUGCAAGUGUGGGACAGUGCAGAAAUGCUAGGAGGUAUGCAUUUAAGGAGAUAGAGGGUACUUUAAAGGAACAAUAUGCUAAAACUUGUAGCUAUGGAGAGGAGCUAAGAAGGUCUAACCCUGUAUCAACAGUGAAGAUGGAUGUAGAUGUGAUGCCUGAUGGAACCACUUACUUCUCAAAGUUCUAUGUAUGUUUAAAGGGUGUGAAGGAUGGAUGGAUUCAAGGUUGUAGGAGGGUAAUUGGACUAGAUGGAUGCUUCUUAAAAGGAAUUUGCAGAGUGGAGAGUAAAGAAACAUGGAAGUGGUUUGUUGACCUUCUCCUUGAUGACAUUGAAAUGGGAAGUGGGAAUGGAUUGACAUUAAUAUCAGGCCAACACAGAGGGAAGCAGUUCAUUAAACUCUUCUGGUAUGUUGCCGCUUCUACUACCCAGGCUAAAUUUGAGCAAUAUAUGAAUGAAAUCAAGAAGCUAGAACCACUUACCUAUGAUCAUCUGAUGGAGAGGGACCCUAAAACUUGGAGUAAAUCAUUCUUUGAGACUAAUAGGGCAUGUAAUGCAUAUGAAAAUGGUGUACCUGAGAGUUUUAACUCAGUCAUUGAUGAUGCUAGGAAGAGACCUCUAAUCACCAUGUUAGAGGAAAUUAGAAUUUAUGUUAUGGAGAGACUUUGUACACAAAAAAGUAAGGGAAGUUCUUGGGGAGACUUACACAUAUGUCCUUCCAUUAGACUGAAAUUGUCUAAGAUUAAGGCACUUCAAAGAUUUUGGAGAGUUGUACCAUCUGGUUAUCAAGAAUUUGAAGUGAGGCUUGGAUAUGAUGCAUAUUCUGUAGACCUUGGUAAGAAGACAUGUGCAUGUAAAGCUUGGCAAUCAACUGGUUACCCUUAUAUGCAUGCAUAUGCUGUCAUUUCAAACCUCAAGUAA